AUGAUACUAUUAUCAAGGAGUUAAAACUUUAGCAAAUAAAAAGCUCAAGAAAUUACCUUCAAGAAUCUGUAGCCUAAGAUUGAGGUUACUUAUUUAGAAGGAAGAGGAAGAGAUGAAGCUUUGAAUCCAUUCUUUACCAAUAGAGAUGGAAACAAUGCAGUUCAAGAACUUUUUGUCUAUGAUGACUUUGUGGUUGCUCUUUCUGUGCACGGUAUCGUGAAUCACAAUCAGAAAGAAAAGAUAAGGAGUAUUUUUAUGAAUAAUCUAAAUGACUCUAUCUUUGUUGUAAGUGUUAGAGAAAGGUAGGACUGCUCUAAGAUGAAGUGUAGAAGCUUGCCAAUAAAAUAGUUGAGGGAGGGAAAUAACAAGGGGCUAAAAUUGUUUUCAAAUUUUGUAUUAAAGUGGCCAGAUUUUAUUGAAUUUGAUGAAUUAAACAGUAAAAUUGUGACAAAACACACUGAAGAAGGAGCCUACAGAGUAUGGUCCCUAGAAACUUAUCAAAUGCUAUACGUGCUUACUCAUGAAUUCUUAGCAGAAUUUAAGAUAUGCAACGGAGUCAUGCUUUUACUUUUUAAUCCUGUCGGAAAUUCAAUACCUAUGACUAUAAUUAAUGUCCAUAAUGGUGAACCUCUAAUGAAUAUAGCCUAUCAGGGCUAAUUAGGGGAAAUUGAGUUUGUUGAGCAAUUCAACGAGAAUAUACUCAUCAAAUAAAAGGACAAGCCUUUGAAGAUUCAUGAUAUUUUGACAAAUUAAUCUAAAUUCAUAUAUAACUUCGAGAGUCCCGAUGCCUUCAUUUUUGUCUAUGAAAAGGAACUCUUUGUGAGUUUGAGAGAAGGCAAGAUUACCAUAUGGUCAACCGAUGGGUCAAUGGUCACUAAUUUCAAUCAAUAAGUACUAUAUUCUUAAGAGCCUGAAAGGAGGAAAAUCUAGGAAAGAAAUUAUGUUAUUUCUCUUUCAACUUCAAGAAGAUUCUUAUUUACUGUCAUUAAAGAGGAAUAGCUGCCAGCUAAUCAAAAUAAUUUGGAAAAUCCUGAAAAUCCUCAUCAUGGAAUUCUUUUGUAAGCUCAAAGUUUAACUACAAGCAGCAAUAGAGUUCUCACACCAAAUUAAACUUCAUUGAGAUCUAAUAUUAACAUAGAACCUCCAAAAAAAUCAACAGAUGUUAUAAUAAAUGUCAUUGACAUUUAAAAAGGAAAGCUAAUAUCUGAGAUUAGAGCCUCAACUUCAAAGAAAAAUAAUCUAAAACUUUCUCCCAAAAAAUUUGAAAAGCUCAUGAAUACUAUUACAUAUGUUUUCUACGAUGAACUCAGGCACGAAGUUAUUACUGGGCAUGAAAGUGGUAGCGUAGUAAUAUGGAAUUGA